CUUGAAGCGCACACGGAACGAAGACUCCCGAUUCAUGCGACUCACCCGGAUGGUCACGGAUUAACAGCACCAGCAUCCGCAGAUCUCCCACUGCCCGCAUCUCACUCACAACACCUCGCCGACCCUUCCACUCCACCGCCGCAAUGUCCACACCAAUCGGCACCCCCCUCGCCUCUUCCACCCCCGCCGCCGUCGCCCCCGAACUCCUGCAAGUCGAAGCCGCGAAACGCAAAGCCGCUUUCCGCGCCGUCGCCGACCACUUCGACUCCUCCUUCCGCUUCGUGGGAAUCGGCUCCGGCAGCACAAUAGUCUACGGCGUCGAAGCCAUCGCCGCCCACCUCAAAUCGCACCCUCCACCCCCGGGGCACCUAAACUGGUUCGUGCCCACGGGCUGGAAUUCCCGAAAGGUUAUCGAAGCGGCCGGUCUCACGCCCAUAGCUUUCGACUCUCUACCCGCUGACGUGCUGCUCGACGUGGCAUUCGAUGGAGCGGACGAGGUAGACGCGGACCUGAAUUGCAUAAAGGGAGGAGGAGCGUGUCUGUUUCAAGAAAAAUUGGUCGCGAGGAGGGCGAGGAAGUUUGUCUGUAUCGCCGACUACCGCAAAGAUCAGGAGAAACUCCUCACAGUCUGGCCCACAAUCCCCAUCGAAGUCGCACCCAUCGCGCACGCCAGCGUAAUCCGCGAACUCAAACUCCUCGGCUCCCCGGCGCCCAUCGUCCGCGAACACACGCUCGCGAAAACCGGUCCCGUGCAAACCGAUCAGUCGUUCUACAUCAUCGACGCGCCGUUUCCGCAACUGCAAAAUUCGCAAGAGGUGGACGAAUUGGCGAGUAAUAUUAAAGCGAUUGAGGGCGUGUUGGAGGUGGGGCUUUUCCAUGGGAAGAAUGGAAUUCAGACGUUGAGGGAGGGUGGACAGGGAGGGCAGAAACCUGUGGCGGUGUAUUUUGGACUGCAGAAUGGGGAGGUGCUGGUGAGGAAGAGUAAGGAGUGGGAGGAGGAGGAGAAGAGGGCGGGGGAGGCGAGGGAGAAGGAGGCUUGA